UUGAAAAGUCACCUGCCCUGCACCUUGGCAUUCGGAUGCUGGAUGUGCUGGAAUAUAUACAUGAAAAAGAAUAUGUUCAUGGUGAUCUAAAAGCAGCAAAUCUACUAUUGGGUUAUAAAAAUCCAGAUCGGGUUUACCUUGCAGACUACGGACUUUCCUACAGAUAUUGUCCCAAUGGGAACCACAAAGAGUAUCAGGAAAAUCCCAGAAAGGGCCAUAAUGGCACCAUAGAGUUCACCAGCUUGGAUGCCCACAAAGGAGUGGCCCCAUCCAGAAGAAGCGAUGUUGAGAUCCUUGGUUACUGCAUACUGUGGUGGUUAUGUGGAAUGUUGCCCUGGGAACAGAACCUGAAGGACCCUGUGGCUGUCCAGACUGCUAAAACAAAUCUAUUGGAUGAGCUCCCCCAGUCAGUGCUUAGGUGGACUCCUGGAAGCAGUUGUCACGAAGUAGCCCAGUUUAUGGUAUGUGUCCAUAACCUAGCUUAUGAUGAAAAGCCAAACUAUCAGAAGCUCAAAAACAUUUUAAAUCCAGGUGGAAUGCCUUUAGGACCACUGGAAUUUUCCACGAAAGGAAUGAGUGUUAGUGUGCACGCUCCGGCCAAUCAGAAACAGGUCAAUUUCCGAAAGGUUGUAGCAAAACAAGUGAUGUAGACGGAGCUCAUGGACAGAGUGGACAGUGAGAGAACCAUGGGGUCACCUGCAACACAGAGAAAGGUUCAAAGAGAGGACACGCUGACUAGACUGUUGCACAGCGGAGCAGCACAGGAGAGAA